CUCCUCACACCUCUCUUCAUUUGCGAUUUUCCAGGAUAUUCCCUCACUUCCUCUUUCUCUCUCUAAAUUCUUUCUCUGCUCUAGAAUCUCUUAGAAGAGGAGCAAGUGAGAGAAAAGCCUCCGCUUCUUUCAUUCUGUUUGUGUGUGUCGAGAAAUCGAGGUAACAGAGCAGAAAAAGAAGAAAUGGGAUCUUCAGAGCAGAAAAAUGUGGGAAUUCUCGCCAUGGAAAUCUACUUCCCUCCUACUUGUAUCCAACAGGAGGCACUGGAGGCUCAUGAUGGAGUGAGUAAAGGGAAAUACACCAUUGGACUCGGACAAGACUGCUUGGCAUUUUGCACAGAAGUUGAAGAUGUCAUCUCAAUGAGUUUGACAGCUGUUACUUCCCUUCUCGAGAAAUACGGGAUUGAUCCAAAACAGAUUGGUCGACUUGAAGUGGGCAGUGAGACUGUUAUAGACAAGAGCAAAUCCAUUAAGACAUUCCUAAUGCAAGUCUUUGAGGAAUGUGGAAAUACUGAUAUUGAAGGUGUGGACUCAACCAAUGCAUGCUAUGGCGGAACUGCAGCUUUAUUCAACUGUGUCAACUGGGUAGAGAGUUGUUCAUGGGAUGGACGUUAUGGACUUGUUGUGUGCACAGAUAGUGCGGUCUACGCAGAGGGACCAGCCCGGCCCACUGGUGGAGCCGCUGCUAUUGCUAUGCUGAUUGGGCCUGAUGCUCCAAUUGCAUUUGAAAGCAAAUUCAGAGGGAGCCAUAUGUCUCAUGUCUACGAUUUUUACAAGCCCAACCUUGCAAGUGAAUAUCCGGUUGUUGAUGGGAAGCUUUCACAAACUUGUUAUCUCAUGGCACUGGAUUCUUGUUAUAAACGUUUCUGUAACAAGUAUGAGAAAUUCGAGGGCAAACAAUUUUCAAUGGUUGAUGCAGACUAUUUUGUAUUUCAUUCUCCAUAUAACAAGCUUGUACAGAAGAGCUUUGCUCGAUUGUUGUUCAAUGAUUUCUCGAGGAAUGCAAGUUCUGUUGAUGAGGUUACUAAAGAAAAGCUGGGACCAUUUUCAACUUUAACUGGUGAUGAAAGUUACCAAAGCCGUGAUCUUGAAAAGACAUCUCAGCAGCUCGCAAAGCCCCUAUAUGAUGCAAAGGUGCAACCAGCCACUUUGAUUCCGAAACAAGUUGGCAACAUGUACACUGCGUCUCUCUAUGCAGCAUUUGCAUCUCUUCUUCACAAUAAAAAUAGCACACUGGCGGGCAAACGGGUGGUAAUGUUUUCCUAUGGGAGUGGUUUAAGUGCCACAAUGUUUUCAUUCCAACUUCGUGAGGGCCAACAUCCUUUUAGCCUUUCAAACAUUGCAACUGUGAUGAAUGUUGGCGAGAAGUUGAAGUCGAGGCAUGAGUUUCCACCAGAAAAAUUUGUCGACACCAUGAAGCUGAUGGAGCAUAGAUAUGGGGCCAAGGACUUUGUGACAAGCAAGGAUUGUAGCCUUCUAUCACCAGGCACCUACUAUCUCACUGAAGUUGACUCCAUGUACCGAAGAUUCUACGCAAAGAAGGGUGGAGAUAAAACCACCAGCAGCCCGUGCGAGAAUGGCUCACUGGCCAAUGGUCACUGAUACUAAGUUUGAACUUAAUGUCAUGCCUUGAAGUCGGCUUAAGUGUUGGUUUAGAUGAUGUUGUCAGCACAUAAAAGAAUAACUGUGCUUCCAUAAGUUUGUUCUAUACAGCAAAAUAGUUUGCAUCGCUCAAGUGUUUUCAAUUUAUUAUUAUUUUCCUAA